GAACGUCGCCGCGCUUCUAGACGUGCGGUGUGACGUAAUAAUCUCGCGAUAUGAGAUUGGUGAUCUCUGGAUUAGCUCUCCGGAAGGACCCAAGGAGCUACGUGAAUUAAAGGGAAAAAAGCAGGGCUCCGGGACUGCGGGUUGUGUAAAGAAAUUCGGGAGUGUCCCGGGUCUAGCUGAACGGCUCUUGUUGCAACCAUGGCUGGAGUAUCAUUGAAGAGAGAAGGACCCCAGUUUAUUAGUGAAGCUGCAGUACGAGGGAACGCUGCAGUGAUGGACUAUUGUCGAACCUCUGUGUCUGCCCUGUCUGGGGCCACUGCUGGGGUCCUGGGUUUAACUGCUUUAUAUGGCUUCAUCUUUUACUUCCUCGCCUCUUUCCUGCUGUCGCUUUUGUUAGUUUUAAAGUCUGGACGUAAGUGGAACAAAUAUUUUAAAACCAGGAAGCCGCUGUUUACAGGCGGUCUCAUCGGUGGCCUGUUCACUUACGUCCUUUUCUGGACCUUCCUUUACGGCAUGGUGCAUGUGUAUUGAAGCCUGCCAUGUGGUUCUGUUACCUGGAAUUGUUCUUUUUAACGGAAUACAAGGACCUACACUGAACACGAGGAUCUCUCUUUUAAAACCCUGAACCUGCUGCUUGGUUCCUGUUAGUAACUUAUAUGGAUCAUAUGUGUAAAUGAUCUCUAAUUAAAUCUGUUGUACACAUCAAGAAUGCUUUCAAUUAGGGAUGCACCGAAUCCAGGAUUCGGUUCGGGAUUCGGCCAGGAUUCGGCCUUUUUCAGCAGGAUUCGGAUUCGGCCGAAUCCUUCUGCCUGGCCGAACCAAAUCCGAAUCCUAAUUUGCAUAUGCAAAUUAAGGGCAGGGAGGGAAAUCGCGUGAAUUUUUGCACAAAACAAGGAAGUAAAAAAUGUUUUCCCAUUCCCAACCCUAAUUUGCAUAUGCAAAUUAGGGUUCGGUAUUCGGCCAAAUCUUUCGCAAAGAAUUCGGGGGUUCGGCCGAAUCCAAAAUAGUGGAUUCGGUGCAUCCCUACUUUCAAUGAAUGGAAAAAGUAAUUGAGCACAUAUUAAAGUUAUAGGAUAUAUUUUCCAAUCCAGUAUAGCUGGCAUAAAUAUGGAUCAAUUCAAUCAACCCAUACUGAUGAGUGGGAAUCAUUAAAGGAGACAUUUUGUGUAAAAAAUAAGAAUGUAUCACUGCAUUAUACUCAUUUAGAUAUAGAACAAUUGUGCUUAAAAAUGUUUCAGGCUGAUUUAUUGAAUAUUUCUGCAAAAACCCUAAUAAUCCUUCCCAUCUGUUCCUCUUCCUGCUCCCUGAAUUCCCAGGCUGUGCAGGGGAGCCGUCGGCACUCCACUCACUGCACUGUCAGACAGAAACCAAUCAGCAGCUAGCAGGACCUGAUAGGGAACUGAAGACUGUCUUUGCUUGUGUGACUGCAGAGCUGUCAUUGGCUGUCACCCUCCUACUGUGCUUCUGGCAGGGACUGUUAGGACACGCCCACCCCUGAUUUGAAACAGGAACUAGUGAACAUCUAUAGGAAGCUCUAAUAAAGGGGCUAUUUUUAAAGAAAAGUUAAUUUUUAGCACCAUAUUAAAGCAACACCAUAUUUUACUCAAAAA